CCCUCUCUCUCUCUCUCUCUCUCUCUCUCUCUCUCUCUCUCACUCCUUCAAUGGCGUCGUUUGAGCGUUUUGACGACAUGUGUGACUUGAGACUAAAGCCUAAGAUUCUCAGAAACCUUCUGUCCGAAUAUGUCCCCAACGAGAAGCAGCCUCUCGUCAACUUCCAAUCACUCUCCAAGGUUGUAUCUUCCAUCUCCACUCACAAGCUCUUAUCUGAGGACCAGAAGCUUCAAGCUAAGUCUAAAUCAGCCGUUGAUGAAUGGGUUGAGAGGUUGUUCGCUCUGGUUUCUUCAGACAUGCCAGAUAAAUCCUGGGUGGGUAUUGUUUUGAUUGGAGUGACUUGUCAAGAAUGCAGCUCGGACCGUUUCUUUAGUUCCUACUCUGUUUGGUUCAAUAGUUUGCUGUCACAUAUUAAGGAUCCAGAAAGUUCUAGAAUUGUUCGAGUGGCUUCAUGUACUUCAGUCUCUGAUCUCCUUACAAGGUUGUCUAGAUUUGCAAAUACUAAGAAAGAUGCGGUUUCACACGCUGCCAAAGUAAUCUUGCCAAUCAUUAAACUAUUGGAAGAAGAUUCUUCCGAAGCACUAUGGGAAGGCAUUGUCCGUCUACUGAGUACAAUUGUUAUCUUGUUUCCUGCUGCCUUCCACAGUAGUUAUGACAAGGUGGAAGAAGUUAUUGCCUCUAAAAUAUUUUCUGCGAAAACAAGUUCUAUAAUGUUAAAGAGAUUUGCCCACUUUCUAGCAUUGCUCCCCAAAGCUAAUAAAGGAGAUACGACCAGCUGGUCCUUGAUGAUGCAGAAGCUGUUGAUAUCCAUAAAUGUACAUUUGAAUAAUUUUUUCCAAGGUCUAGAAGAAGAAAAUAUAGGAAAAAAAGCAAUCCAAAGAUUGGCUCCUCCCGGAAAAGACGCUCCUUUGCCCUUGGGAGGUCAAAAUGGGAGUUUGGAUGAUGCAGCGUGGAACUCUGAACAGUUGAUUGUAUCCAGAGUUUCUGCACUUAUGUACUGUAGCUCAGUUAUGCUAACUAGCUCGUACAAAUGCAAGCUUAAUAUUCCAGUUGGCUCAUUGUUAUCCCUCGUUGAGCGAGUGCUGGCGGUGAACGGCUCUCUACCAAAAGCCAUGUCACCUUUCAUGACAGGGAUCCAACAAGAAUUUGUUUGUGCAGAACUUCCGACUUUGCAUUCUUCGGCUCUGGAACUCUUGUGUGCUACCAUAAAGAGUAUCCGCAGCCAACUUCUACCAUAUGCUGCAUUUGUUGUGAGACUUGUUAGUAGUUACUUCAAGAAAUGUUUAUUGCCAGAAUUGAGGAUAAAGCUAUACACAAUCACUAAAACCUUACUCAAAUCCAUGGGUUUAGGCAUGGCAAUGCAACUGGCAGAAGAAAUUGUCUCUAAUGCCUCUGUGGAUCUAGACCCGACACGUGUAGAAGGAUCUGAUGUGGUUUCCACCACAAUUCUCAAACCUUGCAGUAAAAAAAGAAAGCAUUCAACUAAUUCAGGAGUCGAGGCAGAAAACGCUGCUUUUGAAGUGGGAGUUCCUCACAGUCACUCGAGCAGCCCUAUUUCAUUGAAGAUAGCAGCUCUGGAGGCACUAGAAACUCUUCUCACAACUGGUGGUGCAUUGAGAUCGAAUAGCUGGAGAGAACGUGUGGAUAAGCUUCUAAUGAUGACAGCGAGAAAUGCUUGUGAAGGAAGAUGGACCAAUGCUGAAACCUACCAUCACGUAACCAAUAAGUCCACUGCGGAUCUGGUUGAGUUUCAGGUUGCAGCACUCCGAGCCUUUUUGGCAUCCCUUGUUUCUCCAUCACGAGCACGCCCUGCGUUCUUAGCUGAAGGGCUUGAGCUUUUCCAAACAGGUAAGUCUCAGGGAAAGAUGGAAGUUGCUGGAUUCUGUGCUCACGCUCUCAUGUCCCUUGAAGCUGUUAUACAUCCCAGGGCACUUCCACUCGACGGUCUCCCAUCACUUAGCGACCAAUUCCCGCAAAGCGAUUCUCUAAAACACAGCACACCUAAUCUGAAUAAUGGUUUUGCUCGCUAUGGCGAUGAUCUAGUGAAGGAAUGGUCGGCAAACGUGGAUGUUCCCUCUAACAACAACGAGAUUCAGAGAACCGUAGACUCUACUUUACCUCUCCAAGAGGCUAAAAGAUUGAAACGUGGGGACGAUUUAGCUACUGUGGUAUCUCUGAGUGGCCAAGAUCAUACAGAUAUUAUUGGAUCAGAGAAUGUUCAACAAGCUGAUGUGCCUAUGAACGUCCUUAAAUCACCAAAGGAAUCUCUAGGACAUGUUUCGGACAAAGAUGACAUGGCUCCGGAAGAAGUGAAUCCAGAAGUAGUGAGUGGGACUCAAGAAAGAGAGGGUUUAUCAGUUAAGGAUAGUCUCAUGGAGGAAGCAGUAGACGGUAAGAAGCGAGAGUCCUUGGAUGAAUCAGAUGAUGAUUCUAUUCCGAGUCUUAAGGCAGAUGAUUAUCUCUCUUCUGAUUCUGAUAUUGAAUCUUAAAUGCAAGAGUUCACAAAUCUGUCUUAUGCGAGAAUCUCGUCUUUAUUUUUGUAUGAGUUUAAGUUUUGAUAAUGAUUUUCUUUACUUUUGAACCAUAUAAUUCAUAUUUUCUUAAGAGUCGUGAAUUCGUC